AACUCCGAUUAUAACCGACCUAAAAACCGAACCCACCUUUGGAACUUAAAAACGGAAGACAAGUGUGUGUUAGUUACUACUUACUACCGGAAAGGGAGAGAAAGGCCUAAUUUAUAGUACUGUCAGUUCCUCUCUGCCCUUACCUUUUCUUGUUGCAUUUGACUUUUUUGGUGAACUUUGUUGAACAAACGAAUCACAGAAUCAUGAGAAGGUAGCGUUUAUGGCAGAAGAGCAAGGAGGAGAAGACGAAGACGAAUCAGAAGAAGGAAGAAGACAACAGGCAACGCGCUCCGCGCCAGCCGCUGUCGUCCUUUCCACCCACCGCUGGGGAAAUGUAAUUUGUCUUCCCCGUCCCCCCGCCUCGAAUAAUAAUCCGGAAACCCUAGUCGCGGUCGUCUAAAGUAACUGAACAAUGGGGGAGAAAAGCUUCUUUGCCUUCAAGCGAAGUCGGCGUCAGUCGAAGAAGAAGGCCGGCCCUUCGCUGCCGUAUCCUCUGCCGCCACCUCCCCCGCUGAGGGCUACGUCGCCGCCACAGGCCGGCGAGAACGGUGGUGCGGUGUCGGUAGUGAAGGGAAAGAAGAAGGCCGGAGGUGCCAGGCUGUGGAUGAGGUUCGAUCGGUUUGGGAAUUCGGAGUUGGUGGAAUGUGAUAAGAACGCCAUUCUUAAGCGUGUGGCGAUUCCUGCUAGGGAUUUGAGGAUCCUUGGCCCCGUCUUCUCUAACUCCUCCAGUAUUCUUGCCAGGGAGAAGGCAAUGGUUGUCAAUUUGGAGUUCAUAAGGGCUUUAGUCACUGCAGAGGAAGUAUUGAUUUUGGAUCCCCUGAAACAAGAGGUUCUUCAGUUUGUCGAUCAGCUAAGGCUACAGCUUCGGCUUAAAGCACCAUUACAGAUUGAAGAAGCAGGCCAUGCUGAUGGACAAGACAAUGGAAGGCGUGUUGCAUCUGAUGGACACCUGCCGACUCCUGAAGCUGCUGAUGGUGAACAGCCUGAGCUUCCAUUUGAGUUUCAGGUUCUUGAGAUUGCAUUAGAGGUGGUGUGUUCAUAUUUGGACUCUAGCGUGGCGGACUUGGAGCGAGAUGCAUAUCCUAUCUUGGAUGAAUUGGCAAGGAAUGUCAGUACCAAGAAUCUCGAACAUGUGCGAAGUUUGAAAAGCAAUCUGACUCGCCUGCUGGCACGUGUGCAAAAGGUAGUGAGGGAUGAAAUUGAACAUCUGCUAGAUGAUAAUGAAGAUAUGGCAGACUUGUAUUUAACUAGGAAGUGGAUCCAAAGCCAGCAGUCAGAAGUCUUAUUAGGAUCCUUUGCUUCAAAUAGCAUCACUCUUGCUGCUACAGCUCAGGUCCCUCUGCUUGGUCGAAGUGCUAGUCAUGCAACUGGAAGCUCUGUUGAAGAUGCUGAUGAUGACAUAGAGGAUUUAGAGAUGUUGCUUGAGGCUUACUUUAUGCAGCUGGAUGGCACACGCAACAAGAUAUUGUCUGUCCGUGAAUACAUCGAUGACACAGAGGACUAUGUGAACAUCCAGCUUGACAACCAGCGAAACGAACUAAUUCAGCUCCAACUGACGUUGACCAUAGCUUCAUUUGCAGUAGCAGUGGAAACCUUGAUUGCAUCAGUGUUCGGGAUGAAUAUCCCUUGCACACUGUAUGAUAUAGAAGGGAUAUUCGGCUAUGUCGUCGGGGGCUCUACCGCAGGGUCCUUCCUGCUUUUCUUUAUGGUUCUAGGAUAUGCAAGAUGGAAGAAGCUGCUUGGUUCUUAAGUUCAGAAGCCAAUAAAAAACCAUCAUCAAACCAACAACAGAUACGACGUCCGCGCUUGUUGCUUAAUCUUUGAGGUGUGUAAGUAGGAAGUUUGCUUUAUAGUUUUGCGGCUCAUAGGAAAACACAUAGUAACAAGUGUAUAGGAUGCUGGCAAUACCAAGUUGCUCAUCACCCAUUGUCACUCUCUAUUAUUCAGCAUUGGCAAUCAAUCAAUCAACCUUUUUUUUUUUUUUUACGUGUAUAUUUCAACGCCUUCGAUCAUGAUUGAGUACAAAGAUAUCGGUAUAGCUUCAUAAAGAACGAGUCUUCGAUGCAUCUAGAGCCGGUUCUGCAUGUUCCUACAUGUUCAUGCUAAACUUCGACUAUGCC